UAGAUAUUUUAGGAAAGAAUACUAGUUCACGAUCACGUUCAAUUGUUAGUUCAACAAAAUGUAAUGAUAAACAUUACUCUGAAGAAUUCAUGAGCAUAAUAAAUACAACGAACUAUUUAGAUCAUGUCAAUAGUCAUCAUUGUGAUAGACAAGUAUGUCCUAGUAGUAAUAAUAUUUUACGACGUGGUAGAGCAUCAGAACGACAACAUCUCAUAUGUCAGCGACGAAUUAAUUAUCAUCAACAUCGUAAUCAACCAUUGAAGCCAAUAUCUGCACCACUGACUAGAACAUUUAUCAUAUGAGAAAAAUAUAACAUUUACCCAUCAAUUAUAUUUAUCUCAGGA